AUGGGUGUUCUAGAAAAGAUUGCGGAGAUUGAGAAGGAGAUGGCGAGGACCCAGAAGAACAAGGCGACGGAGUACCAUUUGGGUACAUUGAAGGCCAAGUUGGCGAAGUACCGACACCAGCUCCUUGAACCGGACAAGAAGGGGCCCAAGGGAGAGGGAUUCGAUGUCAUGAAGAGUGGAGAUGCCCGAGUGGCUCUGAUAGGUUUCCCGUCGGUCGGCAAGUCGACGCUGUUGUCCAAGAUGACGAAGACGGAGAGUAUUACUGGAGCAUACGAGUUCACGACAUUGACGGCGAUUCCGGGAGUACUGGAGUACGAAGGAGCUCGGAUACAGCUGCUCGAUUUGCCCGGUAUCGUCGAGGGAGCUGCGAUGGGUCGAGGACGUGGUCGACAAGUCGUCAGUGUUGCCAAGACUGCGGACGUGAUUAUCAUCAUGAUGGAUGCUACCAAGUCGAAUGAGCAGCGAAAGUUGUUAGAGGCGGAGUUGGAAGCCGUUGGAAUACGACUGAACACAUCACCACCCGACGUGGUGUUCAAGCCCAAAUCUGCAGGCGGCAUCACCAUCAACAAUACCGUCAAACUGACAAAGAUUGACGAAAGAAUGAUCAAGUCGAUCUUGCAAUCAUAUAAAAUGAGCAAUUGUGAUGUGAUGCUCAGAGAAGAUAUCACACCGGACGAGUUUAUCGAUGUACUCCUCGGAACGCGAAAAUAUGUGCCUUGUCUCUACGUCUUCAACAAGGUCGACGCCGUCUCGAUCGAGACGAUUGAGGAAAUCUGCCAGGAGAACGACGGGAGGAACGUUGUUAUCAGCGCUGAGCUCGGGCUCGGGUUGGACACCCUGAUGGACCGAAUUUGGGAGGAGUUGAGACUCGUCAAGAUUUACACCAAGAAGCGGGGUUUCGCUCCUGAUCUGCAUGACCCAGUUUGUAUGCGACCCGGCGCCACUAUCGAGGACGUGUGUCACUCUGUCCAUCGAAGUUUGGCUUCGCAUUUCAAAUACGCGCUUGUAUGGGGCAAAUCAUCCAAAUUCUCGCCUCAGCCUCAGAAGGUCGGUCUAUCACACGUCGUCGCGAACGAGGAUGUGGUGAGCAUCUUCACAAAGUAG